GAGGGAGCGAGCGAGCGAGAGCGGGGAGCGAGGGAGUCGGGUGUGAGAUAAAGAGAAGGGGAGAGAGGAGCUCACUGAUUCUCCUGCUGCUGACACCGCUCCACAAACACACAGGCAAACACACUUUUGCCAGAACUGCCAACACACACCGGACCUUGCCUGGUCCUGGACUGCCUUUCAGUGCGUUGGAGUCGUGUGUGUGUGUGUGUGUGUGUGUGCUGCUGUUGCCUUGUGUCAGAGCGAGAGAGGAGUCUCUUUCUGAGGAUACCCCGAUGCUAAACGGAGACCGGGUGUUUUUAGGCAGUGACCCUGUGCGUCGCCUCGUUGCCCUGGGGGACCUGCGGCACGCCGUCCGCUGUCUCCAAGACAACUAGAAUGGGUUGCAAUCUGUGCACAUUACAGAAACGGGAGGAACACUACAAACUGCUGUAUGAGAUCGCUCAGGUGAAUGCCAGGGACUACACCAAGGCCGGUCGCCAUGAGGCGUCGGAGGACAUCAGGAGGGACCCCAUUAUGGUGCAGGUGCUCCGUCGCCACGGCAACCUCCCCGCCCACGCCCAGACGAUACAGGAAGUGCACGUGGUGGAUGUGUGCACGCAGACGGACAUCACCUUCGAACACAUCAUGGCCCUGGCAAAGCUGAGACCGGCCACUCCCCCUGUACCGGACAUCUGCCCUUUCCUGCUCUCAGAUAGCUGCCACUCCAUCCACACCAUGGAGCAUGAGUUCUACGAGUGUCCUGAGUACCUUCCAGCUGAAGUGGACCGGCCUGAUGAUUUCGAGUAUGAGGAGGUGGAGCUGUGUCGCCUCAACAGCCAGGAGAAGCUGGGUCUGACGCUGUGCUACCGGACCGACGAUGAGGAGGACACCGCCAUUUAUGUCAGCCAGGUCGGACCCAAUAGCAUCGCGGCGAGGGACGGGCGCAUCAGGGCCGGAGAUCGAAUUCUACAGGUCAACGGCUGUGACGUACAGGACAAGCAGGAGGCGGUGGCUCUCCUGUCCAGCGAAGAGUCAAGGAGCAUCGUGCUGCUGGUGACCAGACCAGAGGACACAUGGCUAGAUGAGGAACGCAGUGACCUCCUGGAGGAGCUGAAGAUCCAAAUCCUAGAGGAGCAGAGGAAAGAGGAGGCACAGAAGUCUGGAGCAAGAGAGGAGCAGGCCAGGCGGCUGGAGGAGGAAGACGCCAUGACGGACACGGCCACGUGUUCCUCCAACACUCAGGACAAGGACAGCGGGGUGGGGACGGCACGAAAUGAGGAGAGCUCCGAACAGGAAGUCCUCUUAGCCCGCGUCCAUCGGAGACCUGCCCAGGGGCUCAGGGACCGAUGGAGGUCUGAACAUGGCCAGAGACUGGUGCAGAGCAGGAGGGCCGCAGUGCCAAAGGACACCCAGGAACCACAGUGCACUAGCCAAGCCCAGGAAGGCGAGGGCGGAGUGGGCGUGGGCCUGGAGUGUGACAGUCGCUUCCAGCAGCUCCUGGAGCUCAAGUGCCAGAUUCGGAACGGCGGGGAGUGUGGCGUGUACUACAGCCGAAGAAGCACCAUCGAGUGCAGCCUGACAGAGCAGAGUGGCGUGGGGGUUGGCACCGGAGGGGUGGAGCAGGAGCUGAGGCUAUUGAAUGAAGAACUGCACAGCAUUGAACUGGAGUGUCAAAGUAUCAUGCAAGCCCAUCAGCUCCGCAAGCCCAAGGCCCAGAGGGACCAACCACGUUCCCCAGGCUGCUCCCCGGGAAGGAGCCCCAAAGACGGGCGCAAGCGACACGCCAAGCUGGCCGAUAUUAACGAGCAUCCGGGGGAGAAGCAGUUUGACAGUGACAAGCUGAGGGGGGACAAAGACAGCUCAAGUGCCUACAACACUGCUGAGAGUGCCCGGUCAACUCCGCUGGGCAUGGAGAGGUCUCCAGAUCACUCUCUACAGAGGCGCAUCAACCUCACCAACCAGAAGAACCUCCGGAGUACCAUGACCUCCUCCGGCUUGUCAAUCUCCUUCCCCAUCACGGCCAGGGACCCAGAGGGAUGGACCUCGACGUUGACGCCGACACGCAGCCGACAAGACCCGAGUCCCAGCCCCGGCAGCAUGGUCAUCUCCAGCAGCCCUGACCAGUCCAACCCGUCUCCCUCCGAGUCAGACCCGGCCCUGCCUGCCGACGACGAGCGCUGUGACAGCAACCGGGUGCACCGGGGGCCACCGGGGUUCCCCCCAUACCCGUCGCCCUACCACACAGCGCCCCAGCCAGGCCGCGGAGCCUCCCCCGCCCACGGCAAACACCUCCAGAGCUACAUGCAGCAUCUUCUCCAGCAGACCUCCGGCCUGGAGACCUACUCCCAGUCUCAGCUGAGCCUCCUCAGUCUCUGCCGGGACCGCCCUGGCCGCCCCGGUGAACCUCGUCUGGAAUGGAAGGUCAAAGUUCGGGCAGACGGGACGAAGUACGUGGCGCGCCGACCAGCGAGGGAUAGGAUCCUUCGAGAGCGUGCGCUGAGGAUCCGGGAGGAGCGCAGCGGCGGGAUGACGACGGACGACGACGCGAUGUCGGAGAUGAAGAUGGGGCGCUACUGGAGUAAGGAGGAGAGGAAGCAGCACUUGGCCAGGGCGAGGGAGCAGCGGAGGCGGAGGGAGUACAUGCAGAGGAGCCGGCUGGACUGCCUCCGGGAGGGCCCGGGGAGUGGAGUGGAGGGUCGCAAGGAGGUCAACAUCCUGGACCUCAGCCACAAGAAGAUGAUGAAGAAACGCAACAAGAAGAUCCUGGACAACUGGAUGACCAUCCAGGAACUGAUGAGUCACGGGGCCCGAGCCCCAGAGGGCCAGGGAACUAAACAAGUACAUAACGCCUUCCUGUCUGUUACCACGGUAUAGGGCUGUCCCAAGGAUGACACAGCCACAAGGUACAAAGUGGCCAUGUUGUAGAAAGUCAUGGAAACCAAAUAUCACUCAUUGGUCUUAAUUUUGUUUGGCAUAAAAUUAGCAGCGGCUUUACAGUUUUAAAUCCGAAGAUAUUGUGCAUUACAAGGCGAGUUUAGCCAUAGUUGUGGUUUUAAAACUGAGAGAACUAGCGACAACCAGUGAGCUCAGCUCCCGGUAGACAUUGAUUAAUAUAGGAUCAGUUGAAAAUAUCUGGAUCAGGCGUCAAACAAUCUGGGGGACACGGCAAAACUGACCUCUGUUUUUAUGGCUAACAGUGCUGUAUGCAGCUCUGGGUUGAAUUGCCCUGUAUGCACAGGUCUAGGGCCAGUCAAACACUCACCUGGUCUGACGGUAACCAUUUGAAAGGAUAAUGCAAAACUGACCCGAAAUCUGAAAUUAUGGACAACCUUGCCCCAAACCCUGGAUCCAUGUGUUGCUUUGUCUCUAUCUCUCUCUCUUCUUCUCUUUCUGUCUAUCUAUCUAUCUAUCUAUACAGUACAUACUGUAUAUCUUUCUUUCUCAUCGCCCCAAUGCGGUAUGACUUCACUUGCCUCGUUCAAUGUGGCCUUUUUUAAAAGGAUAAAACUGUAUUUUUCAGACUUUGUAAACUCAAUAAUGUUUUGUAGAAGUUUUUUUUUAACAAUGGUGGUCAAUGUACUGUAUUGUGUUUUCUGAAGUAGUUUGUACAUUUGCGAUGCUCUUAUACAAUUAAACAAUGUAUUUAAUUUCAUUAACUGUCAUCCAAAAAUCAACGCCAGUCAGUAUCAAGUCAAAGCAAUUUCUUUGAGAAUUUGGCAAUGAAACAAGUUUUGAUGAACCUAAAAAUUUAAAUAAAAAAAAGAUUUACAAGGUUUAUCAUCAGAAUGUGACAACAUGCUUAUUGAAUGUUUUACAGUAAGUAUUAUGGACAUUUGUAUAAACCUUUUAAAUUUCAUAUUGCCCAAAUUCUGAUUGGCGGGCUUGGGGAUGGUCGUUCAGGACAACUGUCAUUGUGCAUUGAUUGACUGGUUGUCAACAGCAGAAUUGAGCGCUCAGGCUAAGCACUUACGGACGGUCCUGGGCACCCAACCGCUUGAUACCUCUUGGGGAGGGGGCCCCAAAUAUUUAGAGCCGGCACUGUCUGUGCCAACUACAUGUAGAUACGCGAGUUGGAUGCAAAAUUUUGCAAAGCCCUCUGUGAUAUCCAGACGCUGAUGCAUCUGCCGAUUGAGACUUAAACUCCCAGAGACAUAUCAAUGAUGUUAACAAGCCAAAAAGGAGGCUUAGAUUCUUCCUUGUCUUUAACUGAGAAUUGACCACGCAACUGCUACCCCCUCACACAUGUUCAGAAAGCUAACCUUGCCAUGCACACAUAAAACGCUGAGUCCCUGAUGGACAUGUCCUUUCCUUGUUACAACCUUGAAUAGUCCAACUUUGAUGGUGUCCGAUAAUAUCCGUUACCUCUGAAAACUUCUGAAGUGUCAGUAAUUUACUCGGUGUCGCAGAACAUCUCAGUUUCGGUUUUCUAUUUGAAUCAGACUUAAAAAUCUAAAUUAAAUGACUUGUUUUUUCAUCUCAAACUACUAAAAGUUACGGCAAUGGUGUGUAUCAGAUACAUAGGCAUAUCCUUUAGUUACUUAUUCAGUUAUGGUUUACCCAAUUGUCAGAUGAUUUACAAUAAAUUUCCAUCAUGUUAUAAAUGAAAUACAACCUAAAUACAAAGCAUAUUUAUUAUGAAACAUAUUUAUUUUAUAGUUUUUUUUCUCAUUGUUGUACAUUUAUUAUGCAUAUUUUCUGGCCUGUCUGAUGAACUUUAGUUAGGUUUUGUUUGUACACUCACCUAAAGGAUUAUUAGGAACACCAUACUAAUACUGUGUUUGACCCCCUUUUGCCUUCAGA